GUGAGUCCCACCCCAGGAUGCAUCCGGGCGUUAAUGAAGAUGCUGUACUGCCCUUAUUGCCGUGGUCUGCCCACUGUGAAACCUUGCAAUAACUAUUGCCUCAACGUAAUGAAGGGCUGCCUUGCAAACCAAGCGGAUCUGGAUACCGAGUGGAAUCUCUUCGUAGAUGCCAUGCUUUUGGUAGCAGACAGACUAGAGGGACCAUUCAACAUUGAGUCAGUUAUGGAUCCCAUUGAUGUCAAAAUUUCUGAAGCCAUUAUGAACAUGCAAGAAAACAGUGUGCAUGUGACUGGAAAGGUUUUCCAAGGUUGUGGACAGCCUAAGCCAGCUCCAGGCGUAAGAGCAUCUCGGUCCAUUCCUGAAAACUUCAACACUCGCUUUCGACCUUAUAACCCAGAAGAAAGACCAACAACUGCUGCUGGCACCAGCUUGGACAGGCUGAGGACUAUCUGGAGGACAAUGCAACAUGGUGUAAUUGACAUUAAAGAAAAACUAAAGCUUUCCAAAAAGUUCUGGUCUACAUUACCCUACACCAUCUGCAAGGAAGAAGCAGUGACUGGUGGCAUGUCUAAUGAAGAGGACUGUUGGAAUGGACACACCAAAGCUAAAUAUCUACCUGAGAUCAUGAAUGAUGGACUCACCAAUCAGAUAAACAAUCCUGAGGUUGAUGUGGACAUCACCCGGCCUGAUACCUACAUAAGACAACAAAUCAUGGCUCUUAGAGUAAUGACCAACAAACUAAAAAAUGCAUACAAUGGAAAUGAUGUGAACUUUCAGGACACAAGUGAGGAGACCAGUGGCUCCGGUAGUGGAAGCGGCUGUACAGAUGACAUUUGUCCAACAGAGUUUGAAUUCAUCACCACAGAAACUCCUCUCAUUGACUCAGACAGGAGGGAAGUGGACUCUUCAGCCAGCCAGCCCAGCCCAUCCGUCCUCACGGGCUUCCUCCUUCUUACAGUCUUUCUCCUGCAAAGACACUGCAGAUAA